AUUCGUCUCGUAUAUUAAAAGGACGUUUAAAGGACUGGAAGACCUUUGAAACAAACCUGAAGGGAAUAACAAACACAUAUGUUUUUGCAUUACCUAUUUAUAAAAGUUGGUACUGUGUUCAGCGCUUCCUCUUAUUCCGGAUCAUAAAAGGAAAUUAGUUUUGAAAAGUUGACGGCCGUUUUCACCGACUACAGUAGACGUCACUCCGCGGAUCUCUGUGAUUGGUCAGCACCCCCAGCCGUGAAGCUCCGCCCCCUCCAGGUCUACUCACUCCGCUCGAGUCAGCCGCCGCCGCAGCAGCACUUUUCCCGGCAACUUUCUCACCAAGAUAAGUCGGUGUCAGACCGGGGACGGCAUCAGAAUGAGCCAUUUAAAGGACCGCUUCGUGGCCAUGUGUCACGAGAAAAACCUGGUGACGGACCAGCUGGCGGCGCUGGAAGAAAAAACCGGAGUUCAGAGAGAACUAAUCGCUUUGGGUGCUCUCGCCGUGGUUGGGCUCUACCUCCUGUUUGGAUUUGGUGCGUCUCUGCUGUGCAACCUGAUCGGCUUCCUCUACCCAGCUUACUUCUCCAUCAAGGCCAUCGAGAGCAGCGUGAAGGACGACGACACGCAGUGGCUCACUUACUGGGUGGUCUAUGGACUAUUCAGCCUGGUGGAAGCUUUCUCCGACAUCUUCCUCUUCUGGUUCCCCUUUUACUAUGCUGGCAAGUGCGUCUUCCUGAUCUGGUGCAUGGCUCCUGUGAGGUGGAACGGCUCUGAAAUUCUGUACCGCCGCGUCAUCCGGCCGUUCUUCCUAAAACACCAGGCCGCCAUGGACAACAUGGUCAACGAUCUGAGCGCCAAGGCUAAGAGCGUGACUGAGACGGUCACCAAGGAGGCUCUCAACACAGCGCUGAACCAUGACAAGAGCAAGUAAAAGGUUGAUUCACAUGAAUGAGUUUGUCUUACCUUUUUAUUGACUAUCUAUGGACACGAGGAUGAAGCCAUGCUGUUUGUGAAACUGUGAGAAGAUGGAAGGAGAAGAAAGAAGUGCUGGCAACACUGGAGGCUUCCAUUCAUGAAGAGAACUGGAGAUGGAGCUCUGCGCUCGCCGUAGAGCAUCCUUGGAUUUUAACACUUUCACUGUGACUCAAGUUUUUACAUCACUGUUGUUCUGAAACUUCACUCACACACUGCUCAACCGGCGGGAUGAUUCUCACUCUUUUUAACCGUCUUGUCUUUGAUCAUGUCCUGAUUCAUCACCUCACUGUGGUAAAAUAAUAAAACUGGAACCGAACGAG